AUGGGCCCCCAUGAAAUUUCUAGGAUUUUGCUUAGAUGCCAAUCUGAUUACUCUUCGGCACUCACAUUUUUCAAUUGGGUUAAAAAUGAUUUGAGUAUCACACACAGUGUGAAAAAUUAUUGCGUAAUUAUUCACAUACUUGCUUGGUCUCAAGUUUUCCCUCAAGCUAUGAAAUUGUUGUCUGAAUUGAUACAAUUGAAUGUUCCUGAUGAGGAUAUUUAUAAGAGUUUGAUUGGUUGUACUGAGGAUUGUAAUUGGAAUCCUGUGAUAUUUGAUAUGCUUAUCAAGGCUUAUGUGAAGUUAGGUAUGGUUGAGAAGGGUUUGGACACUUUUAGGAACAAUGUUGAGGCUUGCUUUGUUCCUAACGUUGUUGCUUGUAAUUGUUUGUUGAAUGGUUUGUCGAAGUUUGAUUAUAUUGAUGAAUGUUGGGAAGUGUAUGAAGAAAUGGGAAGACUUGGAUUACAUAGGAAUGUUUAUACUUUCAAUAUUAUGACGCAUGUUUUGUGUCGAGAUGGAGAUACUGAUAAAGUGAAUGGAUUUCUCGAGAAGAUGGAGGAGGAAGGAUUUGAACCGGAUUUGGUUACAUAUAACACGCUCAUUAAUGGCUAUUGUAGGAAAAGAAGGAUGGAGGAUGCUUUUUAUCUUUAUAAGAUUAUGUGCAUCAGAGGCGUGGUUCCUAAUUUGAUUUCGUAUAGUGCGUUAAUGAACGGUCUUUGUAAAGAAGGGAAGAUCAAGGAGGCUCAUCAGCUUUUUAAUCAGAUGGUUCAAAAAGGAAUUGAUCCGGACGUUGUGUCGUAUAAUACUCUUGUAUCCGGUUAUUGCAAAGAAGGUAAGAUGCAAAUGUGUAGAUCACUAUUGCACGAAAUGAUAGGAGCCGGGACUCGUCCUGACAGUGUCACGUGUAGGAUUGUCUUUCAAGGAUAUGCAAAGGAGGGAAAGCUUUUGUCGGCGUUGAAUUUGGUUGCGGAGCUUCAGAGAUUUGGAGUUACGAUUCCUGAAAAUUUAUAUGAUUAUCUCUUAGUUGCAUUGUGUAAAGAAGGUCGACCGUUUGCAGCUCGAAGUUUUCUGAUAAGGAUAUCUCAAGACGGAUAUGUGCCCGAAAUGGGUACUUACAUUAAACUUGUAGAGUCUCUAUGUAGAUUCAAUAAUGUGGACGAAGCGCUGAUUUUGAUAUCCGAGAUGACAAAAAAGAGUAUGAAACUUAAUCUCACUACCUAUAAAGCUAUCAUAAGUUGCUUGUGUAGAGUAAAAAGGACUUCAGAAGCUGAAGGCAUGUUGGAAGAAAUGGUUAGUUUAAGUAUUUUACCUGAUUUAGAAAUAAAGAGAGCGUUAAUAAAUGGUUAUUGUGAAGAAAAUGAUGUUGAAAAAGCUGUGUUGCUAUUGAAAUUUUUUGCCGAGGAGUUUCAAGUUUACGAUACCGUUAGCUACAAUGCAAUUGUUAAAGUUUUUUGUGAGGGUGGUAAUGUGGCCGAGUUGAUGGAACUUCAAGAUAAGCUUGUCAAGAUAGGGUUUGUUCCAAAUAGUUUAACAUGCCAGUAUGUUAUCCGAGGAUUGCAGAAAGAUAUGGAACUCGACGAUGAUAUAUUGGCCGCAACAUGCUUGAAGUCUAAGUUGUCCCAAACUAGGGCCACUUUCGACUACUCACCUCACUUAACGAAGGUAGCGAAAUUGAUGGUUGAAGUAACUGAUGAUGCUAUUGCCACAAAUACGUCUUCUCCAUUUGAAGAGGUUUUGUUUCUACUUCCCUUUGUCAGCCUCAUGUCAUCUCCUUCUAAAUAUGUGAAAGCACUGGCUACUGAUUUGCUUCUCAUCUUGGAGAAGCUCCUUCUCAAGAUGCUGGUGGCCGUAAGACAUAAACCAAUCAUUGAUGAGGAAACUCAUUAUCUUAGCACACCUGGAAUUAUAGUGUUGAGACUUUUGCGACAUCUGUGGUAUCAGGAUGGAGAAUCUUCUUCCAGAAUUUCCCUUCUGAAUCUGGCUUUAAAGGGCACGCAUGAAAGUGAAGUAAUGCAUGAUAAACCAAUGUCAUGGGCUUCUCAUCUAAGAGGGUUCUGUUUGUCAAUUGUUGAGCGUCGGAAAUCUACAUCGCCUCUCUUGCUUCCUCAAGAAUUAUUCUUAACCGAGACACCCUUACUCAGUGCUGUUCUCAGUGUUUUGUUGAUACAUCCAUCGAUGGGGGCUGCUGCUGUUGACUCGCUGUCUUCCAUUGCCAUUAUGGAUCCCAAACUAGGAGUUCCUUUGUUGCUAGCAAUUAUGUUCUACAGUAAUAUAUUCACAAGAAAUGAUAUCAUUUGCCAUGAUAUGCUGCUAAAAAUCUUUGAAAUGCUGCCAUCACUUGCUUCACACUCAGCAAUGACUCCACUUGUAGUUCAAACAAUCUUGCCAAUGCUUAACAGAGAUGCAAAAGGCUCAUUGUAUGCUACGGGAACUCGAUUGCUGUGUCGAACUUGGGAGAUCAAUGAUAGAGCCUUUGGAAGUUUACAAGGUGUCUUGCUUCCAAAAGGUUUCACUGAUUUCACAUCAGACAGAGCUAUCUGUAUCAGUUUGGCUGCUUCAUUCCGAGAUGUUUGCCAUAAAAGCCCUGAUAGGGGUGUUGAUCUUAUCUUGACUGUUUCGUCUUGCAUUGAGUGUCAAGAUCCUAUAGUUAAAGCUCUCGGCUUGCAAAGCCUUGUCCACCUUUGUGAAGCAGAUGUGAUUGAUUUUUACACUGCAUGGGAUGUCAUUGCAAAGCACGUGCAAGGUUAUAAAGGUGAUCCUAUUAUUGCACAUAGCACUUGCCUUCUGCUAAGGUGGGGUGCAAUGGACGCAGAAGCAUAUCCAGAGGCAUCAAAGAGUGUGCUGUUAAAUCUUUGGGAUUUAGUUACCUCUAGCCAUGGCACAAAGUGGGAAAAAACAAAAAUUGCAGCCCUGGAGGCACUUAUUCAAUAUGAAGUGGCGCAACUUGAAAAAAAUGUUCCAGAUUUUAAGAAAAUGAAUUUGGAGCUAUUCUUUUCUGAGACAAGUCCCACAGUACUCAAGGUUAUGGAGGAUUUUCAUGUCAAGAUUAUAACAUAUGAACACAUCAAUCGUCGAAGGAUAGUCAAGGGAAAAAGAGUUGCAGGAAGUAAAAUUGAAAAGUUGAUGGAUGUAUUUCCACAAGCCAUAUUCUCUUCAGGAAAGAUAAAUGAGGCUAUCGAAUUACCUGGUGCAGCUUUAUUGUGUUUUUCUUUCACUCCUAAAAAUGUGAAUGAACAUCAGGCAUCAAAAAGGCCAAGAUAUGUACAUGCUGCUUAUGAGAAUGCUCUCAAGGAAAUGGCUGAUUCUCUUCACCUUUCAAGAAAUAUCUUGCUUGCGCUUAUGUCAUUGCAAUCAUGGAAAGACUUCAUGCGACGUUGGGUGAAGGCUUACAUUAUGUCUUAUGAUGCUAAGGCACAACUGAGUGUCCUAGAUAAAACUUCUAAAGCUGCUAGCGAUAUUUUGAAGAGUAUGACAGUAAUAGCAGAUGAGGCUGUACCUAGAGCUGCUGAAAAUAUUGCACUGGCCAUUGGUGCACUCUGUGUGGUUUUGCCUCCAUCUGUUCACACUGUUAAAUCUGCUGCUUCAAAAUUUCUUUUGGAGUGGUUGCUCCAACACGAACAUGAACAUCGCCAAUUGUCUGCUGCAAUUUCUCUUGGAUUGAUCUCAAGUUGCCUUCAUGUAACCGAUCAUAAAGAAAGAUAUCAUAACAUCACAGGAUUUCUCGAGGUACUUUUCGUUAGCAGAAGUUCCCUUGUUAAAGGAGCAUGUGGUGUUGGAUUGGGGUUUUUGUGCCAAGAUCUUCUUACCAGAGUUGAAGCUGCUGAUGACUCUACUGUCAAAAAUGAAACAGAAAAGAUUCCAGAAUCUGAGUUACUAGGAAAAAUUGUUGGGGCCCUAGCUACAACGAUACAACAGAGAACCAAAUGCUCUUCAGAUGCUUUGGAUAGUUUAUGUUCAUCCUUUCCACUUGGUUAUGAUGUAAAUGCUGACGAAUUUGAAUCGUCCUCCGAGGAUAGAGACUUGGAAGAAGAUAUAUGGGGUGUUGCCGGACUUGUUCUUGGUUUGGCUACCUCCGUCAGUGCAUUAUACAGAGCUGGAGAGUUAGAGACUGUUAUCAAGAUUAAAAAAAUGAUAAUAUCAUGGCUUCCAAACAUGAAUUCUCUAUUUCAAAGCUCUGAUUUGCAAGGGGGAAAAUCUGAUAUUAUUUUGGCAUUGGGAUCUUGUAUUGCACUUCCCACAAUAGUGACUUUUUGCCAAAGAAUGGAAUUGAUGGAUGAUAAUGAGUUGGAACAUAUUGUGCUUGGCUUUAAAAAGUUUAUUUCUGAGUUAAUAUCUGUGAAAGAGUCUGGUGUUUUGCACCAUAGUUUACUGAUGGCGUCGUGCAUUGGAGCUGGGACAGUAAUUUCGUGUAUACUGAAUGAAGGUGUUCAUUUUGUUGAAGUUGAGUGCAUUGGAGCUGUUCAUUCGUUAUGGAUUUUAUUGUUGGCUCCUGUUGUACCCUAA